AUAAUUAAGUAAAACAAAAAAUAUCAAAUAAUAAAUAAUAAAAAAGUUCUAUUAGAAUAUAUUAAUAAAAUUAGCUAGCUAAAGAUGGAUUCAGCUCAAGAAUAAAAUACUCUUACUCAACUUCAAGAAGCUAUAUAGUCUCUUAAAUGUGAAGAAAUUGAUUUCUCCAACAAAUUACCAGAAAAAUAAUUUGAAGAUGAAUUUAAGAAAUUAAAAAAAAAAUAUGAAAAGGCCUACACAGAUUUGAAAGAAUUUAUUUCAGCUAAUCCUGAUGAUGCCAAUAAGAUCUAAGAAAAGUUUGAAAAGAUAUUGAAAGAUAUUAAGCAAGCUGCCAAAGAUUAUGCCAUCAAUAAAAAGCUUUAUGAAACUUUAAUUGCUAACUUCAAGAAAACUAAGGAUGAAAAUGCUCAAUGUAUUAAAUCCAAAGACAAUUAUGAAAAAUUACACAAAGCAUUAACUGCUUAGUAUCAAGAGUAGAUUAAUACUAAUAAAGAACUUCAAGAAAAGGAAAAACAAAAAAGAACUGAGUUAGCAGAACAAUUUUAGUAAAGAAUUAAGGAUAUUCAAUCAAGUGUUGAGGAAAAGAGCAGAGAUAGAAUUUAGAAAGAAAAAGAGAACGAAAUUCUUAAAGAAAAACUUAAGGAGAUUACAGCUCAACAAUAAACAACUGAACUUAUUUUCAGUACUCAAAUUAAAAAGAAAGAGUUGGAAAUGUAAUUGCAAGAAGCUAAGUUAGGAUAGGAAUUCGAAUUGAUCAAGUAGUAAGCUUAACUCGUGAGCAAGUUCUAAGAAGAAAUAGAUAAGUAAAAAGAACUUGAUGUUAAAUUAGAAGAAAGAUUAAAUGUUUACCUCGAGCAAGAUAAAAAAUUUUAAGAUAUUAUGGUAGAAAGCAAUUCUAAAUUUACAAAUUACAAGUAAGCUCAUGAUAGCUUGAUUGAUAGUCAAAAGAAAACUGAAUCAAGCAUCAAUGAAUUAAAGAAGAAAAAUGAAAAAACUGACUUCACUUUAUUAGACAUGGUUGAAAAGAAUGUUAAACUCAAAGAAGACUUAAAAAAGCAAUUAGAUUAACUCUCUGGUUUAGAAAAUCUUUAUGCUAUUUUAGAAAAGUAAUUAGCUGAUAAAACUGCAGCUAAAUAAUGA